CGCACCGCACCCCACGACACACUGACUAACACGCCUGCUAGUCUCAGCUCAAUAAUUAACUCCACUGUUCAUGGCCGCCCCAGCUGCGGGCCCGGCGAUGGCCGUCGCCGGUGCUCUGCUAGUACUAGCAGCCGCCGUGCUCUGCUCGCCGGCGGUGGCGGGUGAGGCCGAGCUCAGCACCGGGAGCAGUACUCGGCGCCAGGUGGUCCCGGCGAUCUACGUGUUCGGCGACUCGCUCUUGGACGACGGCAACAACGACUUCCUGCCGCCGGCGCCCAAGUCGGUGCCCCCGAACGGCGUCGACCUCCCGCGCGGGGUCGCCCGGCGGACCGGGCGCUUCACCAACGGCUACAACCUCGCCGACAUCAUCGCACAGCAUCUGGGAUUCAAGAUGGGCCCGCCCGCUUACCUCUCGCUGACGUCAUUAUCAAGCCUCGAUCUCCUUCGAGGCCGAGUUGGCGCCAACUACGCUUCCGGUGGAUCUGGCAUUCUAGAUACCACUGGGAACGGGACGAUCACCCUGCGUGAACAAGUCCAGCUGUUCGUACAGACCAAGGCCAGAAUCAUCCGGGCUGGCCUGGUGUGCCGCGAGAGGCUCGAUCGCCGGCUGGGCCGGUCCCUGUUCGUCACCGGCACCGGAGGCAACGACUUGGUUACGUUCGGCAAAGGCGGCGUCCCCAAGAGCGAGGCGCCGGAGUUCAUCGCCGGCAUGGUCGCCAAUUACAUCAAGCACAUCAACGAGUUGUACAAGCUAGGAGUAAGGAGGUUGGCCAUCCUCGACACGGUGCCCGUCGGGUGCCUGCCGAGCCGGCGAGCCACCACGGCCAACGGCGAGUGCGACGCCGGCGUCAACUCUCUGUCGCGGAUGUUCAACGCCCUCCUCCGUGUCGAGAUGGCCAAAGCCGUCGCGGAAUCCAUGCCGGGCUUGAAGUACUCCAUCGCCAGCCUCUACAACAUCCUCUCCGACAUGAUCGCCAACCCAACGAUGGCCGGACUGCGUGAGGUGGAGAUCGGAUGCUGCGGCGGAGGCAAGUUUAACGGCGAGGUGGACUGCACCGCAGGCGCGAGUCUAUGCGCGGACCGCGACGAGUACCUGUUCUGGGACAGGGCGCACGGCACGCAGGCGGCCUACCGCCGCGCCGGCCUCGCCUUCUUCUACGGCCCCGCAAGAGACGCCGAUCCUAUCAACCUCGACCAGCUGGUCCGAGAGCCGUCCAUGGCGCCGGCUGCCUACUCCGCCAUCUAAUGGUGUUGGUCCUUCUAAAAUAGAAUUUCUAAUGGUGCCCUUGGACACAGGCGUCAAGACUUGACAGACGCAGUGGCGGAGCUAGAACAAAGUCACAAUGGUCCAAAUAUAUAUAUAGCGUAUAUAAUUUUUUCAAGCUAUAUUGUAUUAAAUAAAAAUAUUUUUAGUAGCUUAUAAUAUUAUAAUUCAAUGUAAGUGAUGGGAUGUACAAUGAUAAAAAAUAGUAAUUAAAUAAAAUCUCAUCGUCAGCUCGUGACGCAUCAUACACUCA